UUCCCUCCCAACAUAACCCCACUUAUUAUGUUUCCAGAUAUGGAGUGAGAACAUACGACACCCCAACAACUCCAAUUUAUAAAAACAGAAACUACUACUACUACUGGUACUACAACUACAGCUGCCACAUAUUGCAAAAACACCGAAAUUCCCAUAUUUAUGUUUUUCAAGUCCUCUAUUUUCUGUCUCUCAUCCACAACACACAAGAGGAGAAAAAAGAAAGAAAAUCCUUCUUUAGAAUAUGCAAAAUCAGAAUAUGAAUUUGGUCUUAUCCACUGAUGCAAAGCCCCGGCUUAAAUGGACUCCUGAACUUCAUCAUAGAUUUGUUGAAGCAGUCAAUCAGCUUGGAGGGGCAGACAAAGCCACACCAAAGAGUUUGAUGAGAGUGAUGGGAAUUCCUGGACUCACUUUGUACCAUCUAAAGAGCCAUUUACAGAAGUACAGGUUGGGGAAAAGCCAACAGUCUGAAAAUUGCUCUGAUGAUAAGCAAGAAGAUUACAAAGAGAUUCAAGGAAGUGAUGGGCAUUUCAAUAGGGAGAUCAAUGAUGGAAGUCAGAGUGAGAUCAAUGAAAGCUUGAAAAUAGCUGAGGCUCUCCAGUUGCAAAUGGAAGUACAAAGAAAACUCCAUGAACAGAUUGAGGUCCAGAGACAUUUGCAGCUGAGAAUUGAAGCUCAAGGGAAGUAUCUACAAUCAGUACUAAAAAAAGCACAGGAAACUCUUGCUGGUUAUAGCUCUUCUUCAAUGGGAGUAGAGUUUGCGAAAACCGAACUCUCUCGGUUACUAAACAUGGUUAACACAGGAUGCCAAAGCUCAUCGUUCUCAGAACUAACUGAAGCGAGAGAAUUAAGCCUAGAAGUCAUUGAAAGGAGGUCAAUGAGACGCACAAUAUGCUCCAUGGAGAGCUCACUCACAUCCUCCGAAAGCUCGGGGAGAAAGGAAGAAGAGAAGCGACCGAUGAAUUCGAACGAUUGGGAAGGCAAUGAUGAUGAUCAUCAUCAAAAGUCCAACAACACAAACUCUGUUGAAUUACCACUAAUGGAUGUCCAUCCACAACACAAGCCAUGGAACAGUGAAACAAGCAAUGGAAGAAAGAGAAGCGGGAACACCAUUUCUGAUGGAGUUUGUGUUGAGCAACCGGUUUCGAAAAGAUCACAAAACCAUGUAGAGAAAAGCAAUGACCAUUUGAGAACAUCUGGAUUUUUGCCGGGGACUAUUGAUCUGAAUAGUCAAUAUCAGAAUGACUUUGAAACGGGUCCAAAAGCAAUAGACUUGAAUUGCAAAGGAAUAUAAGGAGGGAAAAACAAAACUGCUCAAAAUGUGCAUCUCGAGUUGUCUUAAACGUUGAUACUAAUUGGCGCGAUCUUAAUUAUAUAGUGAAUGCGCCAAACUUGAUUGUUGGACUUUAAUCUUGUCUAUAAACUAUGUAUAUUGUCAUGUGUUAUGGAUCUCCAAGGACUUUUGAAAGUAUAUUCAUAUU